AUGCUGGGCAGAAGUUUGAAUGUCUUAAGGAAUUAUGAAUAUGUAGAUGUGCAUGUAAAUCCAGCUUAUGUAAACAAGCACAUGUUGCUGGUUGGGGCGCCGCGCUUCGAGACGGACCAGCUGCAGCGAGGGGUGUCGAGGGCGGGGGCGGUGCUGCAGUGCGACCCCGACGUGCCCAACCGAUGCGACUACGUGCCCUUCGACAGGAACGGUAACAACGUCCACUACCUCGGACAGCAGCUGGACAGCAAGAGUGACCAGUGGUUCGGCGCCACCGUCAGGAGCUCUGGAGAUGACGGGAUCGUGGUGGCUAUUGGGGCUACCAUCGUCAAGGGUCAUGUCAAGCUGGCUUCGACGCUGUCAUUACUAAGGAUGGAGAACGGAUGUUCAUCGGAGCUCCCGGGGCGUUCUACUGGCAGGGUCAGAUCCACUCCCAGAGCCUCAGCACCAGGAACGACUACCAGAUGACCUGGGAGGGACCUGCGAGCGACGACGACCAGUACCUGGGAUACUCCGUGGCCGUCGGGGACUUCACGGGGGACGGGCAGGAGGACGUGGCUCUCGGAGUGCCAAAGGGCCUCAACUACACAGGAAAGGCACAGGAGCCCAAGAAGGCGCAGCAGGGCCAGCAGAGAGUUCCCCUCUGGAAGUACCUUGGGCAGCGUCCGCCCGCCACGGCCGAAGGGCCUCAGACGUGGCAGGAGUGGUUCGAACAGACGGGCUUCCUGUUCCGGCCCAGCGGCCAGGAAGGAUACUCCCGAACCUACGUGUGGAACAUGACCAGGGCGUCCCUCAGCCGCCCCUCGUACGGCUCCUACAGCGUUGGCCUGGGCGAGUUUGACGGUGUCCCAGGGGAGGACGUGGUAGUGGGCGUGCCCCGCGGGCCCAAUCCGGCGGGCGUCCUCACGGGUCAGAUCGCGCUCUACACCCACAACCUGGUCCCGCUGCACAACAUCAGCGGCUACCAGCUGGGGGCGUACUUCGGCUACUGUCUGGGCGUCGUGGACUUCAACAACGACGGGCUGGAUGACAUCAUCGUGGGCUCGCCGAUGUACACGGACUACAACGACCGGGAGAUGAAGUACGAGGUCGGCAGAGUCCAUGUCCUGCUGCAGAACAAUCAACAUCGGUUCCGUCGGAUCGUGACCUACACGGGGGAGGUGAGCAAGGGGAGGUUCGGCCUCUCCGUCACCGCCCUCGGGGACAUCAACAAAGAUGGCUUCCAAGUCGAAAAGGAAAAAGAACUCGACUCGCGCUGGGAAGAAAAAAGCUNGUGGUCGGAGUAG